AAAAGCAAAACCUCCCUCCCUGUAUAAAAACCUCAGCUUUGCCUCCUCUGUUUUUUCUUCUUCUUCAGGGCCGCACAACCCACCAACCCUCCCCCUUGGUCUUCUUCCUCGCUUCCCCCCUUGCCCUCCGGCGAUCCACAACCACCAAACAGAGCUCUACCUCUUUUCUUCUCGAUUCAGAAAUGGCGCUUUCCAACCUCUCUUCCAAGUCCCUCUACGCCUCUCCUCACCCGCUUUCUUCCAACAACCAGCUCCAAUCCCACCAACAACCCAAUUUGUCCGUCUGGAAGAGGAAUGCCGGCGGUUCCAGAUCCAAUCUCCCGUCCAUCUCCGCCGUUCACGCCGCCGAGCCUGCCAAAAACCCUGUCAAGGGCCCCCCUGUCCCGGCCGCCCCGGUUGCUGCGCCCGCCGUCGUCUCUCCUCCGGCUAAGUGGACCGUAGACAGCUGGAAGACCAAGACCGCGUUGCAGCUUCCUGAGUACCCGAAUGAGAGUGAUCUUCAGGAUGUUUUGAAGACCAUUGAGGAUUUCCCUCCCUUGGUCUUCGCCGGUGAAGCCAGGAGUUUGGAGGAGAAAUUGGGGGAUGCGGCCGUUGGCAAGGCUUUCUUGCUUCAGGGUGGAGAUUGUGCUGAGAGUUUCAAGGAGUUCAAUGCCAAUAACAUCAGGGAUACUUUCAGGAUCUUGCUUCAGAUGGGGGCUGUUCUCAUGUUUGGUGGUCAAAUGCCCGUUAUUAAGGUGGGGAGAAUGGCUGGUCAAUUUGCAAAGCCAAGGUCAGAUGCAUAUGAGGAAAUAGAUGGGAAGAGGCUGCCAAGCUACAAGGGGGACAAUAUCAACGGUGAUACUUUUGAUGAGAAGUCAAGGAUUCCGGAUCCACAGAGGAUGAUCAGAGCCUACUGCCAAUCUGCUGCAACACUCAACCUUCUUAGGGCAUUUGCCACUGGUGGGUAUGCUGCAAUGCAAAGGGUUACACAGUGGAAUCUCGAUUUCGCUGAGCGCAGUGAGCAGGGCGAUAGGUACCAAGAAUUGGCUAAUCGGGUGGACGAGGCAUUAGGAUUCAUGGCUGCUGCCGGACUGACAGUAGAACACCCCAUCAUGACAACUACUGAAUUCUGGACUUCCCAUGAGUGCUUGCUAUUGCCAUACGAGCAAUCUCUCACAAGGUUGGAUUCCACAUCUGGUCUCUACUAUGAUUGCUCAGCUCACAUGCUGUGGUGUGGAGAGAGAACUCGGCAACUCGAUGGUGCCCACGUAGAGUUCCUUAGAGGAAUCUCCAAUCCUCUUGGGAUCAAGGUGAGCCAGAAAAUGGACCCAGCUGAGUUGGUGAAACUGAUUGAGAUCUUGAACCCUGCCAAUAAGCCAGGGAGGAUAACAAUCAUUUGCAGAAUGGGUGCUGAGAACAUGAGAGUCAAGCUCCCCCACUUGAUCAGAGCCGUGCGGAGGUCUGGAAUAAUUGUGACAUGGGUCUGCGAUCCAAUGCAUGGAAACACCAUCAAGGCGCCAUGUGGGCUGAAAACCCGCCCUUUCGAUAACAUCUUGGCUGAAGUACGUGCAUUCUUUGACGUCCAUGAGCAAGAAGGAAGCCACCCUGGAGGAAUUCACCUCGAGAUGACUGGCCAAAAUGUGACUGAGUGCAUCGGAGGAUCUCGCACGGUCACUUUUGAUGACUUGAGCUCUCGAUACCACACCCAUUGCGACCCUAGGCUGAAUGCUUCUCAGUCUCUGGAGCUAGCUUUCAUUAUAGCAGAGCGGCUCAGAAAGAGGAGGAUGGGCAACCGUGGUUUUCUGGGAUUGUAGGCGACGCCCCAAAGUGAUCUGUGGUGGGGGGUCUCCAUAUACUAUGUGUCAUACACUGCAACAUACGAAGAGCAGUGAUGAACUUGGACUGGAACUCGGAGAAGCAAAGAGCUGCGUGCCCUUUUAACAACUCAAGCUUAGAUAAGUAUUGGUGGUCUUCUGAGUUCAUUACUCAUUGUUUGCUAUUAGGGAUACAUUAUCAUUUUUUUGCCUUUGUUGCCAUGUUUCAAUUCUAUUUACGCGGUGUCUGAAUGUCUGUAUGGUGUGUGUGCAAAGCUGAAAAGCCAGGCCAUUGUUACGAAUGAUGCAGCUGAAAGCCUUGUAAAAUUUCUUCAACUUUGUAGUUUCUUUUUGGAAAUUUCCAUGUAUUUGUGAAUGAACAAGUGCGAGACAAUCAUGCAAUAAGGAGUUGCUUUUAAAGCAAUCAGUUUACUCUUAUUUCUAC